CCAUAGACUAAAAAGUCAAUGGAAGUUUGAGGACGCAAAAAUCAAAACCUUUCAGCAAAGAUGGACGUGUAGUAUAAGUGUAAAAAUUAAUAGAACCUUUGCUAUUGGUAGAUAUUAAAUAUCAAAAUGUACAAUGGAAUUGGCUUAACAACGCCGAGAGGAUCGGGAACUAACGGAUAUGUUCAAAGAAACUGGGCAUCAGUGAGGAAAACUAAAGAUUCCGUGAAUUACCGGACUGAGGAAGAGAUAUCGAAAUUGGACUCAGCUUCUAAUAAACAACCGAAUCAGGAAAUACUAGAUCAUGAAAGAAAGAGGAAAAUAGAGGUUAAAUGUGCGGAAUUAGAGGAUUCCCUCGAAGGACAGGGGUUGCCUAGGGAGGAGAUCGCGGCCAGGGUAGCGGCCUUCAGGGCUAAGCUCUCGGAGACCGGCGGAGCUGAUAAAGAUGUACCCAAGGAUGAAUAUGGCAGAGUCGCUGUUCGAGAGACCCAUGCGGUGGCUGAGGCGCAACAGGAGAAAAAUGCCCGUCUUAGGGACGCCUUUGGCAUAUCGCCUAGGUUCGUGGAGGGGACGAGUCUGGACCCCGAAAGACGCGCGCGGGAGGAGGCUCUCAAAUACCCCCUCGUGAGGACCCCCAGCCAUGAGAGAGAUGUUCACGUCACUAAGAAGAAGAAGAAAAGAAGCACGUCGCCUGAAGCUAAAAAAUCUAAGAAGAAAAAGUCAAAGAAGAACAAAAAAGAGAAACAGGUGUCGCUACAGUUACCGAAGAGUUUGAGAAAAAUGUUGCGGAAUUUCAUUCGUAGGCAAGAAUCCAGUAAGAAGAAGAAGAAGCGUUCCAGGUCUCCGAACACUGACAGCUCCAGCAGUUCAGAGGACAGCGACUCCAGCUCUGAAGGCGAAAAGCCGAAGAAAAAGAAGAAAAAGUCAAGUAGUAGACGUCGUGCGAGCAGCGUACCUUCAAGCCGCGAAAGUUCGCCAGUGAAACAGAAUAAAAACAAGCAGUGGGAACGUCCAAAUGAGUUUCAAGAGAACGAUGUACGUAAUAGAAAUCGCAACCGCGAGGAACGCAACAACAAAUAUGACGAUCCUUCAAGAAAUUCCCAUCAAAUUGAUUCAAAAAGACGCGGAGAUCGCAGUCGGUCUACAGAACGGAGAACGUCGCCCAACUAUAGACAUAGAGAUGAUCGCAGGUCCCAAGAAUACAAACAAAAAUCUUACGUCAAUAAAAUAGCUAAUCGAAAGGAGCCCAAAGAUGAUUCAGCUAAUUCUAAAAACUCCAAGUCUAAACGUAAACGAACACCAGCUGAAUCCGAAUCUGAAGAAACGUCUAAGAAGACUGAUCGAAGAGAUAAGAAGCGGAGCAGAGAGGUUAGCGUUUCACCACCGCCAAGCAAAAGACGUAGAAGCUCUUCGGCCGAUAAUAAAAGAUAUGACUCGUAUUACAGUAAGAAGGAAUUACCUAGAGAAGAAUCUCGAUACGAAAGUAAAAGAAUGCGUAAGAGUGAAUCGCCUGACUGUAGAAGCAAACGGCAUGAAGCAUCGCGUAACAACAAUGACAGGAAUAAUAGAUCGGACCAUGAAAAGAAUCAUAGAGAUGAUGAAUCUAGAAAAAGAAGGAAAGACAGAAGUUCUUCAAAAGAGAGACCAGAAACUUCUUAUAAAUAUAAAGAUCGAUCACCAGUUAAUAAAAACAAAAAGGAUUCAAAGAAAGAACCUGAGAGAUAUUACAAAAAUAGUCGCGUGGAAGACUCGGAAUCAGAAUCCGAAGCGGACACACGAAAACAAAAGGAUAUCAAAGGGUCUAACAGCAAAUAUAAAGGUUCGAAAAGUAGAAACAAGUCACCACCUAGAGACAAAAGGAAAAGAAGCCCUUCAAUUGAAAAUAGAAAAGAUUCCCCAGACCGGAGGGAGCGUAAAAAUUCUCCUGAUAGAAGACAAGAAGAUAAGAAGACAGACAAAUAUAAAUCGAGUUCAAAACUAGAAGAGAACAAAAGAGAUGAAAGUAGGAAGAGAAAAUCUUACACACCGGAAAAGAACUCGGGACGGAAACAAUCGAGAAGCAAAUCUAAAUCUGUAUCACAGGAGCGGAAAAGAGCAAAGAAAGAUAAACAGAGAAGCAGAUCACCGACUUUGAAAUCUAAGAGAAAUCCAGAUAGACGGAAUUCUUCUGCGAGAUAUGAUAAUAAAGAUAAACAUGAUAAAGAUAGAAAUGACAAAGAAAAAAAUGAUCGCGAUAAUAACAAAGAAAGGAAAAAAUCUCGAUCGAAGGAACGAAGACGGAGCACUUCCAGUCUGAGUUAUUCUCCCGCCAGGCGCAGCCCAGAAAGGUAUCGCGAUAUAAUAGAAAAGUUACCAGAAAAGGACAAAAGGAAGUAUAUAAAAUCACCCUCAGAUUUGAAGCCAAAGGCAAAGAAGAGUAAAGAGAUAGCUGAUAAGUAUAAACCCAAAGCCGUCUGCAUGAUAAGUUCGUGUAGUGACAGUGAUCAGUCUGAGGAAGAUCUGGACGUACGGGCCAGGGCGAGGCAGGAGGAACUUGAUAUUAAAGAGUUGAUUAGAUUGAAAGAAAAACUAGCGCAGAUGGCCAAAGCGUCCAUAGAAAGGAUGAGGACUGAAGAACAGGUUCAAUCCACCUCCAAUACUAAUAACAAACAGAGUCCCAUAGUAGUGGAAUCUUCUAAGGUAGAUGUCACUCCCAAGAAAAUUGAAACUCCCAAGAAGGACAGUCCAGUGAAUGUAGAAAGCUCUCCUGAGGCGAAACGCGAAAAAUCACGGGGCUGGUCGCGCUCGUCGUCACGUCGCUCGUCGCGGUCUAGGUCCAGAUCUAGAUCCAGGUCGUCACGUUCCAAGUCACGCUCGUAUUCAUCUUCAAGACGUUCUCGGUCGAGUCGAUCCAGUUCGUACAGCAGCAGGAGUUCCUCGCGAUCCUCUCGCAGCUCGUCACGAUCCACGCGAUCAUCAAGAACUAUGACGGGAGUGUACGGCGAUUACCGCAGAUCGAGCGGUUCUCGGGCUUCCCGCUCGCCCUCCAUCCCGAGGCGCGCCGGAUCGCCCAGCUUCCUUGAUAGGAGACGCAUCACCAGUGCACGAAAACGGCCAAUUCCAUACCGUCGGCCGACUCCAUCAUCACCAUCGAGCGGAAGCUAUUACAGCAGUAGAUCGUCUCAUAGGAGCUGGACAAAAUCACCCCCACCUGAAUAAUACUGAAUUAAAAUCUCAUUUAUAGGAAAUACAAAAUAACACUUGAGGGCGAACAAUGUUACAUCCGCGUCAUGUUCGACUAUGAUUGUCAUUUCAGUUCUGUAACGAGGAAAAUUUACACAAUUUGAAUAUUAUACAUUUAAUUAUAGUGCUAUUUUUAGGUAUUUAUAUUAAAUUAAAUAAAUAGUUCAAUUUAAAAAAAAAAUAAUAUAUAUAAAAUGUAAUGUCUAGUCAUUUUGAUGUCGGUAUUUUAUUGAAUGUGUGAACAUUAAGUGAUUUAAAAUAUCGUAAAAUUUUUACGAUAACAUAAGAUUCUUAAUAAGGUAUUUAUUUGAAACUGUUGAUAAUUUUAUUUUUUAUUUAUUUCAGCCAAAGUUAUACAUAUAUUGGCAUACUCAAAAGAUAUUAUUUUUACAAUUUUUUAUUAAUUAUUAUUUACCAUUCGAAUUCUGUGCAAUAUAUUUAUGAAUUGUCUAUUUGAUUUAUUUAUAUAUAAUUUCUAGUCAUUUCUAAUCAUUUAUUUUACCAAAGCUAAUUGUAAGUUUGUGUAAUGUAAGGUGCAAGGAAACAUUUUUUUUUACAUAAUUUAAAUAUAGAAUUGUAAAUCGUAACCAGCUAGGAUUUAUAUAGAUGUAUCAGCGGGUCCACUGAAGCAAACUUGUUCUCUUAAAGUGUUGUGGUGUAGUUACGAAAGUUAUAUUUAUUAUUUAAGCUUCUAGUGGUCGCCGAAUUUUAAACUUAACUCAAGUGUAACAAGCUAUAAAAGCAAUAAAAUGAAUUCGAUGAUAUUAAAAUACUCAAUACCCAUUAGGAGUGUUUUAUUAUAAAUAUAAAAAUAGUGCAAAA